UAGAAAGUUGUUUAUUAAGAGCGUAACACGUGGCUGUCGCAGGGUAGAAAUAAUUAGUUAAUUAAGGAUGUUUUCUUUAAGAACGUUUAGGAGUAGAAAUGAUUAAUAAUUAGUUAUUUCAAAUUAAUUCAAAUUUUGGUAGUGUUUGACUGAAAAUGGGCAGAAAAAGAAAAUUUACGAAGUUGGAUAGGAGGGAGAACAAGCGUCGAAAGCUUGCCGCACUCAUGACUAUGUCGGAGUUGAACGAUGGCGACAGGCUCAAACGUGAGACGUUCAAGCACGGCUGGGCGCUGAAGAAGGAUGGAGGAAGGCCGAACGCCGAAGAGCAUCCGCAGCCGGCCAAGGAGGAAACGCAAAAAGUCGUUAAAACGACGAAUAAUACGACCAGUAAGGAUAUGAGUGAUAUGGAACUGGCCGAACUGAAAAAACUCUACCGUGAGAGGUGCGCAAUGAAAUUUAAUCGUCCUAAUUUGAGGUUAAACGAAUACGGCAUGCAGUCUUCCAUUGAAAAUCCGUUAUCGUCGAGGAGGCCGUUAUUUCUCAGCGAUGUUCAACAUUUCCUCAUAUAUUCUCAGCUCCAACACCACACAACAGGGAACAUCCCAAGGUGGAUCAAAUUGGACAGGUCGAAUAAUUUAAACAAGACGAUUUUUUUAAUAAUCGAAGGCGUGUCGUUAAAUGAUUAUACGAACAACAAGGUUGACUGGGUCAACGCGUCCUCUUUCGAACACAAACUGGAAAUUAUCAGCCCGUUGAGCUACGGCGGCAGUCUUAUCGAGGAGAUGGCGACGUUCCCUUUAACAAAAUCACAAGUCCAUAAAUAUACAAAACGAUACGGCUCUUUGAAAGAAGCAUCCCUAUCGCAGAUCCUGUCUAAGGUGGUUCGUACGAUGUACCCGAUCAAAGAUUUUGCAAAUUGUCUCGAUCGAAAAGAAGAAAAGCCGUCGAUGCCGCCUUCGGCCGAUACGUUUCCAAGGACUGAUCUAAUUAUGACCCCUUGGCAGAUGAUCGAAGAAAACUACCCCUUGCCCAUGUCAGGAACAUUGAAAAAACAGUAUGAGCAUUAUGUUUAUACGAAAGAUGUUUAUUAUGAAGUGUCGGACAGCUCUCCGAUAUGGGCGAUGGACUGUGAGAUGUGCAUGACGACAAAAGGCAGCGAGCUGACCAGUAUUUCCAUUGUCGAUGAAAGCGGCAAGGUCGUUUACCAUACCUUGGUCAAACCAUACAACACUAUUACAAAUUAUCUUACGCAGUUUUCCGGCAUAUGGCCUGGUAUGUUGGACAAUGUCUGGACGAGGUUGGAAGACGUACAGCAGAAGAUAAAAGAGAUCCUCCCGCCCGAUGUCAUCCUCGUAGGCCACUCUUUGGGCAGCGACCUUCACGCCGUUCAGAUGAUGCACCCGUACAUUAUCGACACGUCCUUGAUAUUCAACUUGACCGGGAAUAGCCGUAUGAAAUCGAAACUCAGGGUCCUGGCUGCACAGUUUCUCGGCAAGAAAAUCCAGUGUGACCAGAGCGGACACGACCCGACCGAAGAUGCCUUAGCCUCUUUACAACUUGUCAAAGUGAAACUGGAACACAGCAUCGGUUGGGGAAACGCGCUUAUAGAAGGUGUUGUUCCGAAGGAAAUGUUGCUAGCGGCUCAUCAAUUUAACAUAGCGAGAGAAGAAGAAAAGAAAAAAAUGGAAGAAUACAAAAUCGACAAGAGAAACGAACUCGACUUUAAAAAAGUGACGAUCGAGUCGACUGUUGGCAAGUCGAACAAACAAAUGGCGCAAUUCGAGUCUAUAUAUAUGUCAUUGAUCCUGCACCACCUCACCAGGAAUGAAAAAUCAGUUUUCAUCAUCGGAAAGAAGAAUGAAGUCGACAACUACUCGCGGUUCAUACCGCCACAAAUGACGCUCGGCACGCCAAAGUGUCCGGUUAAAGUCAAAGCUCUGCCAACGAACAAAGCGGUUGUCAAACACGGCCGCAACUUGGAAUUUAAAGGGGUGACAUUAAUGCACGUAAUCGUCAAAACGCACACAAAGGCGGACCACCUCAUCGGGAAGCUGCUUAAGUUAGUGAAAGAGGGUGAAGACAAAGAUAAAAACGUCCUUGUCUCUGUAUUCCUGGCGGGUAAAGAAAGCGACACCAUCUCUGUAGAAAACACCGGCCUCCUGCUCGUGCACCUCUUCAAGAAAUUCGUACCGCCGGUACGACUGAAAAAAGAGUUGGAAACUAAAGCACCCAUGUGAUUGUUGCUUGAAACUAAGUGUUAAGUUUUAUUGUAAAUAAAAUUUUAUAUAUUUACUUUAAA